CAAAGAACGCAAACAUAAACAUUGCGCCAAAAACUUGCAUAAAAAUAAGAGAUUAAAAUAUAUCCUUUAAACCAUGUCAGAUGUUGAAGAGGUGCCGGAAACACAGAUGGAAAAUGCUGAGAGUGACGAGGACGCGUUUGAGGAGGAGGAUGAUGACGACCUUGAACAGAUAACAGCCCAAAAGGUUCUCGAGAUCCUGGAGAACGCCUGGAUCAACGAGAUGUGCGCCCCCGAAAUCCUGCCCAGUCAGACGGACAUGCUGGAGCUGAUGGUCUCCCAGGUCGCACACAUGGAGGAGCAGAUGCGCGACCUGGACAAGAACGAUUUCCGGGCCGUGGUGCAUGGCAUGGAGCUGGAACGCGUCCGCUACAUUAUGGCCAGCUAUCUGCGGUGUCGCCUCCAGAAGAUUGAGACCUACACUCAGCACAUACUCAACCAGGAGGAGACUCGCGAGCCGGAUGACAAACGACUCUCCCCGGAGGAGACCAAGUUCGCCCAAGAGUUCGCCAGCAAUGUGGACGAGUACUUCCACAAGGUGGCCACCCAGUAUAUGCCCAACCAACAGAGAGGAGAGGCGGAGCAGCGCAUCGUCACCCCCAACCUGAUGAGCCAUGUCUUCCUCAAGGCCAAUGUGGCAGUGCCCGCUGUGAUCGUGGGUGUGGAUGACGAGGAGGUGGACAUGGCGGCCGGAUCCCAGCACAUUAUUCCCUACCAACUAGUGGCUGACUUGAUACAAAACAAUCAGGCGCAAUUAAUAUAAUAUCAGUUUAAUAAAUUAAUAA